AUGAUCCGCCAAAAAUGGCUUCCCUAUGCCAGGGCCAUCUUCGCCGCCCAGAAAAGAUGUCUUUCCUCGCCAGGCGCCAGAUCCACCAAGUUCGUCGAAAAAGAUGAGAGCUGGGGAACUCUGCAGGAGAAGCUCAACUCUUCUCUGGCUAAGCGCAGUCCCGGUCGGAUCUCCAAGUCGAAGCCAAGGCCUCGCACUCCAUUGGAGGGUGCAAUGGCCGAGGGCUUUGGUUCCCAACACAUGCUUAUCAUUGAGGGUCUGCCAACGUCGCUUGUCGCUGCUGACUUCCAUCGUCUUGCGCCAGGUACCCUCGCUGGCUGGGAAAACGUCAUUACCCAUGUCUACCAAGAUCGCGAUCCCUGGACGAUGGAACCGCUUGGCACAUACUACAUAACCUUCCCCUCCAGCGCCGCCGCUGACAUCUACCGCGAUAGAGUCGAACGUGUCCUCCGCCUCGCCCAAGCAAAGAUGAGGGAUGGCACAGGUUUCUGGGCCACCAAAGUGAACCCCGCUCUCAUCAAUAGAAAAAGCAAACCGGAAAUUGAGGUCGAGCGCUUCACACUCCUCCCAGGUUCCUACCCAUCCGCACCUAAGAUCAAGUUCAGACGGGUCAAAAACAUGGCAUGGCAGCAAGUUAUGCAUCGAAUCGUCAAAAAGUCUUCCCAUAAAAGGAAUCCUAGCCAUGUGCUGCUUGAGCUACCGCAGGCGAACUUCUCGGCGUCGGAGCUCAAGGCGAUCAUAAAGCAGGAUGGUGUAGAAAGUGGACACGAUUGGCAGAUGGAUGUGUUCAGUCUCAGGGAGACCAUGGACUUCGAGGAGGGGUUUCCCAGAAACACCCGCCGGGUGCCUUUGUUUCGAAGCAGCCCGGAGUUUCGACACAAGCUCGAUUCCCGGUUUGUCCUUACCUGCGCGAAUCCUGAAGUUGCAUGGCGAUUCAUUCGUAACUGGAAUCAGCGCAUUAUUGAAUAUGACGGAGGAGACGAGGUUAUCUUUCGUAACCGUGUAAAAGCAUCAUAUAUUCAGACUUAG